AUGUUCACGCAACUUUGCGUAUUUGCGUUAUGUUUUUAUCAAUAUUUGAUUUUAGGUUUUUAUCAAUAUUAGAUUAAUUUAAGUUAAAGCAAGUGACAUCGUACCCUAAAGUUGUCGGUAUUAGGAUUAUUUGCCUGUAAAUAAUUAUAGGCAUUUAAUCCUAACUUUAGAAGGUUGAUCUCCAAAUGCACGAUAAAGAUAAGUUAGAUACCUCCAAAUGGAGAAAUAUGAUCGUUACGUCCUUGAAAAAGGUACAAAAGCAAGUUCAACCAACACUUACAGUGGAUACAGAUGCACUUUUAUAUCUUGAAGAGCUAAUUUUUAAAUUAUUGUACCAGUUGUGCAGUGUUCAGCCACACUCUGUUCAUGAUAUUCAAGAACAAAUAAAUAAAACAUUUCCUUGUCAAAUUAAAGGCUGGGCAUUAGAAUCUGCGGAAGCAGCAAUUGAAAAAGGAAAGAAAAAAACUCUAAAGUUAUCAGUUGAUAAACUUCAACCUGUUAUUCAAAAGGAAAUUCUUGGCUACAAGAUCGAUAUUCAGUUGGCAAUAUAUAUAGUUGCAGUUUUAGAAUACAUAUCUGCAGACAUUCUAAAGCUGGCUGGAAAUUAUGUAAAAAACAUCAGACAAAUGGUGAUUAAUAAACAAGAUGUUAAAGUUGCUAUGAAUGCAGAUAAGGUUUUGGCAUCAAUGUUUAACAGUGAGGAUAUUGAUAAUCUAAUUGAGACACAGCCACUAGCUAAGCGUCGUUCACUAACCUACAUUGAUGUUUUAAAAGACUUCAUGCUAUGUGAAGAACAGUUUAUAAGAGAACUUAACCUUAUUGUUAAGGUUUUUCGUAAAAAAAUGGUUUGUGCCUCGCAUCUAUUUUCACAACAGGACCUUAACGAAAUAUUCUGCAAUAUAAUGGAGAUUUAUGAAUUUACAACACAAUUUUAUGAUUUGAUCGAAUCAACACUGGAGAUGUCAGAGAAUGACCUACUUAUUGGUGAUUUAUUCGAAGAAAUGGUUGAGGCAGCUGAAUUUGAAUGCUAUGAUACUUACACUUAUGGUAAUGUUGUAUCACCUACUGGUGGAUCAUACUAUAUUAUCAAAACUUUAAUGUACCGACCUGGUGUUGCAGAUUUUUUUAAGGAGCAAGGUAUUUUUGAUGCAGUAAGAUAUAUAUUACCUAAGUUACUUUAUGGCCCGAUUCAUCAUUGCAUUGAUUAUUUCGAAUAUAUUAAGAUUCUCAUGUGUACAUCCCCUGAUGGAAAUGACAGAGAGAAACUUGGCGAGUCUCUUAGUGCUUUGCGUGGACUGCAGGUUAGGAUUGAAAAGUUGUGCUCAGCAUCUCACCUCAAAAGAACUCCAGAGAAUGAAGUGUUUUAUGAACGUCACAUUGGGGUAAAUGAGACAAAUACUAUGGCCAAAAUUGAAUGUAUUCAAGAAAACUUGGAGGGAUGGGAAGGCAAACCAUUAUGUCAAGUAGUAUCAGUUCUUCUAAAGGAGGGAUUUUUAACUAGAAUUGGUAAAAAGGCAUCUGAGCGUAAAAUAUUUCUUUUUGAUAACCUGAUGUUAUGUGCCAAAGUGAACAAACACAAUAUCACAGGUUUUAAUCAAACUGAAUUUCGAUUAAAAGAACAUAUAUACCUUAGAAAGGUUGAAGUUAGGGAUAUUACUGAUGAUGAUAAGCAGUUUUCAUUUGAAAUAUUGCAACCAGGUGAACCAGCAGCUGUUUUUUCUUGCAAAGAUGAAAAGUCAAAAUAUGAAUGGUUAUCACUUCUUAUGGCAUUAAAUCACAGAAGUACUUUGGAUCGCAUGCUAGACGCUUUAUUGCAAGAGGAAACACAGAGUAUACAAUUAAAAACCCCGGACCCAUCGAUAUACAUAUUCGCAGAGGAAGAUUCAGAAAAGAAUAUAUUGUUUGAAAAUAUUGAAGAUGACAGCGCUGUUAUUAAAGGUGGAACGCUUCCUAAACUAAUAGAAAGACUUACAUACCAUAAACAUGCCGAUCCAACAUUUGUGAGAGUUUUCCUUACCACUUACAGAUCGUUUAGCAAUCCCGUAGAGCUUCUUGAUCUACUUAUAAAACGGUAUGAUAUUCCUGAACCAAUCACUGAUUUGAGCAACAAGCAGGUUUUUAAUAAAGAAGAUCUUAAAAAGUUUAGAAAAGAAUAUGUUCAACCGAUACAAUUAAGAGUGUUGAACGUGUUGCGUCAUUGGGUGGACCAGCAUUUUUACGAUUUUCAGAGAGAAGAAACGCUGUUAAUUACUUUAGAAAAGUUUUUAUCGCGUGUUGUACGUAGCAAAACCGCGAGAAAAUGGGUAGAAUCAAUUGAAAAGAUUGUAAAUAGAAGGUUGGAAAUGGUAAAAGUUGAUCCUGAAACGUAUUCUUUUAACACGCCGCCGCCUCCGAUUGAAUGGCAUUUGACACAAGAUUUUGAUAAAUUUACUAUAUUAACUUUGCAUCCCUUAGAGAUUGGCAGGCAAUUAACCAUAAUGCAAUCGCAAAUAUUUAGAGCGAUUCGUCCGUCAGAAUUGGUGGGAACGGUGUGGACAAAAAAAGAAAAAGAAAAGCUUUCUCCAAACACACUCAAGUUAAUUCGACUGUCUACAUUACUUACUUACUGGUAUGAGUUAAACAUUGUUGAAGCCCAUAACUUUGAAGAAAGAGUGGCAGUCUAUACGAGAAUUAUUGAUAUAUUAAUGGUUUUCCUUUCUUUAAACAAUUUCAAUGGAAUGAUGGAAAUACUAGGUGCAUUAAAUUCUGCUCCGGUAUUUCGCCUUCAGCAUUUGAAAGCUGUGGAAUUAUCGCCAAAACGAUUACAAGCUUUACAAGAAGCUAAGGAUCUUACCGAUGACGGUCACAAUGUGAAAUAUAUGGAAAAGCUGCGUUCUAUUAAUCCACCUUGUGUUCCAUUUUUAGGAGUUUAUUUGUCAAACAUCUUACGUGCUGAAGAAGGCAAUCCAGACUAUUUGAGCAGUUCACCUGAAGGGCUAAUAAAUUUUAGUAAAAGACGAAUGGUAGCGGAUAUUACAGGCGAAAUACAGAAAUAUCAAAAUAUGCCUUACAAUCUGCAAGUUGAACCUUCUAUAAGAGCAUACUUAGAAUCACUUGACCCUUUAGCUGGUCGUUCAGAUAGUGAACUGAAUGAUCAUCUUUACGAGAUGUCACUUAUGAUUGAGCCGAGAAAUGCAAAACAACCGGCUAAGUUUAUACGAAAAACCGAUAUUCCGCUUAAAUCACCUGGAAUAAAACCCGGUCAGCGCAGUCUAAUUAAUUAUCGAAAAUCUACAUCUGUUUCAGAGUUAGAUCAACAUUUACCUUCUCGUCAUUUGCCUUCUCCAACUCACUCUGUCUCGGCAUUUUCAUUUGUCGUUAAUGGAGAUGUGACGGAUGGCAAAGCAGAAAAAGAAAAAAAAGAAAAUAUUUCCUUACCUCCACCUUUGCUCUUGCCUCGUGCUCCUUUAGCCAACGAGAUUCCUCCGGAAAUUCCGACAAAACCUAAUACACUAAAACAAGUUAAUCAACCACCGGAUAUUACAAAACAGCAACCUUUGCCUCGCCAGCCACGUCGAUCAAUCUCUAUACAAGAAUGUAUUUUGCCACCUGCACUACCUCCAAGAACUAAAACCAUAGGUGAAAAAACUAUUUCAUUUUCUUCCGAAUACAAGAACUAUGUUUUCCCUCCUCAGACUCCUUGCAGAGGUGAAAUUAUUGAUAAUGAUAUCGCGGUUUCUAAUCCAGCUCCGAUUAUUCCGCCACGUAUUAAUCAAGAAUUUGUUCGUCGCCAAUCUGAAGACUUUAAUACUUCAACUCAGCUGCCGCAAAUUCCUCCAAAAGUUAGCAAUAAGAGGUGAUAGAAAACAGUUUGUAAAUUUAAUUUUUUGUUUUUUAAUUUUUAUUUUUGGCGCCACCUGUUCUUUGUGUUCGGUUUUUAUUCAACUAAAAAAUAGCGUACUUAUGUGUUA